AUGAUUAAGAGCAACCUGUGCACUCGAUUUUCGAUAGAAUUGGUCCUCCGCGUUGAGGUUUCGGGUUCUGAUCGGCCGCACUUGAGCAUUGUGGACCUGCCUGGACUCAUCCACUCCGAAACUAAGCAGCAGUCUACUUCCGAUGUCGAGCUGGUACAAGACGUUAUUCAAGCCUAUAUAAUGGAACCCCGGAGUAUCCUUCUCGCGAUCGUCUCGGCCGAGAACGACUAUGCGAACCAGAUUGUAUUGAAGCUCGCCCGCGCCGCUAAUAAAAGGUGUAAUCGAACUUUAGGCGCUAUUACGAAGCCGGAUAUCUUGGUUGCCGGUUCUAAGAGUGAGGCCAUAUACGUCUCUCUUGCGAGAAACUAA